AUGCCACGGGUAGCAUAUUACUAUGAUGAUGACGUUGGAGCUUAUGCGUAUGCUCCGCACCACCCGAUGAAGCCACACCGUAUCAAGAUGGCACACAACUUGAUCCUGAACGCCGGAUUGAACAAGAAGAUGGACAUGCUUACCGCAAAACGGGCAACACGAGAAGAGAUGACCAAGUUCCACACGGAUGAAUAUAUAUGCCACAUUGCGCAAGUCAAUCAAGAAGACCCAGAGACACUCGUAUCUGGACGAGACAAGAGCGGCGACAACCGAUUCCUCGUGGGUGACGAUUGUCCUGGAUUCGAGGGUUUAUUCGAGUUUUGUUCAAUCUCUGCUGGCGGUUCGAUAGCCGCUGCAAAAAGGAUAAACUCAGGACAGGCCGAUAUUGCCAUCAAUUGGUCAGGAGGUCUCCAUCACGCCAAGAAACGAGAAGCUAGCGGGUUUUGUUAUGUGAAUGAUAUCGUCUUGGCCAUCCUCGAGCUACUCAGGUUUCACUCCAGGGUCUUGUAUAUCGACAUCGACAUCCAUCAUGGCGAUGGCGUCGAGGAGGCCUUCUACACCACCGAUCGGGUGAUGACAUGCUCCUUCCACAAGUUUGGCGACUUCUUCCCCGGAACUGGCCAUGUUGGUGAUCGCGGGAUAGGCAAAGGUAAAGGCUAUGCGGUCAAUGUGCCCCUCAAGACGGGGAUUGAUGAUGAUACCUAUCGGAGUAUCUUCAGGCCUGUCAUCAAUCAUAUCAUGAGCUGGUAUCAACCUGGCGCCAUCGUUUUGCAAUGUGGCGCCGACUCGCUAGCGGAGGAUAAGCUGGGAAGUUUUAAUCUGUCGAUGAACGGACAUGCGGAUUGCGUGCGGCACGUCAAGUCAUUCAAUGUGCCCUUGGUCGUGCUCGGUGGUGGAGGCUACACAAUUCGGAAUGUCGCGAGGACGUGGGCCUUCGAAACAUCGGUCUGUCUGGGCCCACACGAGGAACUCUCGCUCGCCGACCUACCUUAUAACGAAUACAUGGAAUACUUUGGCCCGAAUUUCAAACUGGAGGUACCCUCUAACAACAUGGAUAAUCAUAAUUCGCUGGAUUACCUGAAUGGAAUCUUGUCGAAGGUUGUCGAUAGUUUAAGGGAUCUACCGUUUGCACCUAGUACUCAGCGCCGACCGUUAUCAUGUUAUCCGGAAACUAAGACUACUCACGACACGGACGAUUCUGAUUCUGAUGAUGGACCGCCAGGCCAUGGCCCGGGGAUGUCAGGCAAUCAAGCCAAUGCGAACGAGAGUGCCCAGCCUGAGCCAGCACCUGCGCCGCCGCCCCCACCAGUCCACCAACCGAAUCGCGUCGGCCGUCCUUCCCGACUAAAGCCACCCCCGCCACCACGGAAAGUGUCGCCCAAGCCGGUCGAGCCAGCCGACCGGGCCGAUGGCCAGGGCUCCAAGGAUCGGCCCAACGGUACGGCCGCCGGGGGUAGCGAGCGCAAGAAGCAGUGGAAUCCGAACACGGAUGAACAGGUCGACAACAAGCCAUCAGCAGUUUGCCGAAAGCUCGGCCAGACUCGAUCGCCCCCCUGGCGGCUUCUCAUCCCUGAUUGA